AUGCGUGCCUCGUCGCUGGAGGAGCAGGUCCGCCGCACGAUCGAGAACGAGCUGGACAUGCCGAUGCGCCCGCCGACACAUGUGGCGAGCUCGUCGUUCCUGUCCUCACCGCACCGCCGGCACCGCCAUCGCAGGGACGCAUGGGCCCUCGACUCGGGGGAGAGCGACUCGGACGACGACGUGCAGCCCCUGUACUCGCCCGGCCAUCACCGCGUGUUUCUAGCGACGCCGAAUCGGCGAUCCCAUACACAAAGGCCGUUCGCACGCCCCCCACUGAGUGAGCGCGCGCAUGCGCACCUCAAUAUUUCGCGCCUCGCCGGUGAUGCCACGGACGCAUGGGACGAAAAGGCCGGCACCCCGUCGUACCUGUACGCACGCCGCCCCAGCCCUGUGCCCAGGCCGCCUGUGCCGGGCAGUCGACACUCGAGCUCGGAAACCGUCGUGAAUCACGACGACGACAAAGCCCCGGGACUCGAGGCACAGUGGGCCGAUCGACAGCUCGAGGCGCUGACGCAGUGCAUCCACCACAUGGACAAGGAACUGCAAAAGAUCCAAAAGCAGGGCCUGUCCGAUGACCUGUCGCGUGUGUAUGCACGCCUCGAUGCUCUCGAAGCGAGUGUCGCGCAGCACAGCGUGCUGCUCAGCGACUUGACGGCCAAGCCGCCUCCUGCGUCGCCACCCAAGCACGCCUCGUCCGUCGACGCCGCCAUGCAGAAAAUGUACGCCGAGCUCCGCCGCCUCUCGCGCGCCAUCAAAGACAUGCAUGCACGCCCCGCGCCCGAGCCGCCGCUGACGCCGCCGCACAUGUCGCCUCCUGCCUCGGCACCCAUCUCCGAGCCGCCCACCUCGGUAGACACGCGCUACGAGAAAAUCUGCCAGUCCGUCGCUGAUGCCCUGGGCGUAUCGACCCGCAAGGAAAAGAUUCAUGCGAAUCUUCGGCAACGCGAGGCAGACGAUGCUGCGACCGAGUCGCUCCUACGUCGUCUGCAACAUACCAAGUCCCCCCUGCUGUCCAUGACAGAAGUGCGGAUGCUGGAGCACUUGUUCGACCAACACACACGCGAGUUCGAACACCAAAAGCAGCUGUACUGUGAGCUGGCCGACGAGCUCAAGUGCAUGGAGCCCAUGAUGGACUCCACCAAGCGCCGCAUCCUCGCCGAGCAUGUGCAUGCCUCCAUCGAUUCUCUCGAGGCCGAGGCGACGCGGAUCAACGGACUCCACGCACAUCUCGUGCGCCACGGACGCACGGUGCCGUUGCCAUAG